GGCUAGCAACUGAUUUCACAUGGCAAAAAGUCCUAGUAGUUCCAUAAACUACUAUCAACUAAUCAUUUUAAAAAAAAUCUGAAAUUCCGAAAUCAUGAAGGUUGGGAGGAGAUAGAAACCCAAUAAAUAACUCCUUUAUUAUAUUCUAAUUUCAGAAAAGUAUCAGAUGCACUUGGAGUACAAUGGGCACCUGUCGACAUUCCAAUGGAGAGACGGCUGCAGACCCUCGCCGCCACUGCCUGGAUCUGUCUGGUACUCUUCGGUGAAGGUUUCUCGAUAUUCUUGGCGAUUCAGCUGCUAUACUCCCAAUAUUGGUAUUUGGGGAUACUCUACGCUGCGUGGAUGCUAAAUGACAUAGAGAUUUGUCACAAAGGAGGGCGAAAAUUCGAUUGGGUCCGGAACUGGGCGUGGUGGCGAUACUACCGGGAUUACUUCCCGUUGAAGCUCGUCAAAACGACCGAUCUAGAUCCAUCCAGAAACUACCUGUUCGCUUGUUUCCCCCACGGCGUCGUCAGUUCCGGAGCAUUCGGUGCUUUCGCCACUAACGCAGCCAAUUUUUAUCAACUAUUCCCAGGGAUGACUUGUAAUAUGAUUACUCUUACAGGUCAUUUCCUCAUACCAUUCUUUAGAGAUUUGAUAUUAGCUUUAGGAGCAUGUUCUUCAUCUCAAGAAAGUCUGCUACAUUUAUUGAACUUGAAAAAAUAUAAAGGAAAAUGCGUAGCUUUAAUUGUGGGCGGAGCUGCUGAAGCCUUAGACUCCCAUCCUGGUGAAUACAAAUUGUUAUUGAGCAGAAGGAAGGGAUUCGUGCGAACCGCUAUGAUGGCUGGGGCGCCCCUAGUUCCAGUGUUCACAUUCGGCGAGCCGGACGUGUUCCGUCCAAUGGCCAACCCUCAAGACAGUUGGCUCCGUCGGUUCCAAGAGUUCGUGAAGAAAUACACGGGCAUCUCGCCUAUGUUUCCCAUCGGCCGGGGCAUGUUCCAGUACACUUUUGGCGUGGUGCCUCUUCGAUCACCGAUCACCACUGUCGUUGGAGCUCCUAUGGAAGUCGUGAAGAAUUUAGAGCCAACUCCGGAGGAAGUGGAUAAGGUUCAUGCAGAAUUUACGAAAAGGCUAGUUGCCUUAUUCGAGUCUGAAAAGUCUAAAUAUCUGAAAGAUUACGAAAAAGUUCACUUGGAUAUAUUAUAAGACACAAAAAAACUUAUAACUGUGCGUUUGCGUUUGUUUUGCGAUUGUAGAGACUGACGGGAUGUUUACGAAAAAACGCGUUCUUAAUAUCUGUGUUCAGAACUUGUGUUUUACGCAAAACAAGAUACCAAGUUUCGAUACCGAUUAUAUAAACUUUAAUAGGUAUAUGUUCAUUAUUGAAAGAUAUUUGUUGUAGUGUAAACGCACGGCAAUUUGUAUCCUCAGUUUGUUUUGUAGUAUACUCGGUUAUGAUUAUUUUUUAAUAGACAAAGAAGGUUGUGACUCAUGUCAUGAGCGAAUGAAAAGUGUGACUGGUUAUCACCCUGCAUAAAAAUUUACAACAUUACCCAGCACUAUUGUCUAAAAACCCAACAUUAUCUAUCAAAAGAA